GUUAGCACUCGCGGGGAAGAGCAAAGCCGAGGGUUUAACGAGCGACUCAUAAACCCACAAAUUGUAACAGAGCUUUCGCUUCACCUUGGCCAAUUCGCCGCCCUGUCACCCGCCUCCAAUCAUGGAAGAAGGCACUUCAUUUUUGUUCGCCGGCGUCAACUUCAACCGGAAAAAGUUCUCCAGGGACUUCUCCAGAUUCCAGAAGAAGAACAUAGAGAGCGAGAAAGUGGUAGAAGAUUCUAGCUUGUUCGGAAUUACGGAAUCUUCAACGGAGCAAGUGGCGGCGGAGGAGGAGGAGGUGCGAGCGGUGCCAGUUAAGAAGAGGAAGCGGAAGGGGGAGGUUUCUGAGGGUGUGGAGGGGAUUAGUGUCUUUAAGACCUCAAAAAUGGCGAAGGCAGCGAAAGCGGAGAAACAGAAGCCUGGAAAUGAACUAUCCGAGCAUAAGAAGGAGUUAAAUAGGCAACUUGAGCGGGAUUCGCUGCUGCGAAAGAAGUAUAACAUUCAUGUGUCCGGAAAUAACAUCCCUUCGCCACUUGAUAGUUUUGCAGACUUAACCUCUAGAUAUGGGUGCGAGCCAUAUUUACUUCAGAAUUUGGCGGAACUUGGAUUUAAAGAACCAACGCCAAUCCAAAGGCAGGCUAUUCCAAUCCUCUUAUCUAGUCGGGAAUGCUUUGCUUGUGCUCCGACUGGAUCUGGAAAAACCCUUGCUUUUGUUUGUCCCAUGCUAAUGAAACUUAAGCAUACAUCUAAGGAUGGCAUCCGAGCUGUUAUUCUGUGUCCUACACGAGAAUUAGCUGCUCAGACAACCAGAGAGUGCAAAAAGAUGGCAAAAGGAAAUAAAUUCUACAUCAAAUUAAUGACUAAAGACCUGGCAAGAAAUGCAGAUUUUUCAAAAAUACGCUGUGACAUACUCAUUUCUACUCCACUUCGGUUACGGUUGGCUAUCCGGAAAAAGAAGGUUGAUUUAAGCAGGGUUGAGUAUCUGGUAUUGGAUGAGUCUGAUAAGCUAUUUGAGCUUGGCUUGUUAAAGCAGAUUGACUCUGUGGUCAAAGCAUGUUCAAACCCUUCAAUUAUUCGCUCCUUGUUUAGUGCUACUUUACCUGAUUUCGUUGAGGAGCUUGCCCGCACUAUAAUGCAUGAUGCUGUUAGAGUUAUCAUUGGCAGGAAAAAUACUGCUUCUGAGACUAUCAAGCAAAAAUUGGUCUUUGCUGGAAGUGAAGAGGGGAAGCUAUUAGCACUUCGUCAAAGCUUUAAGGAGAGUCUGAAUCCACCAGUGUUGAUCUUUGUACAAAGCAAGCGAGCUAAGGAACUCUACGGAGAACUGUUGUUUGAGAACAUAAGAGUUGGUGCCAUACAUUCUGAUAUGUCCCAAGCACAGCGAGAAAAUGCUGUAGAUGACUUCAGAGCUGGGAAAACAUGGGUUUUACUUGCCACUGAUGUUAUUGCUCGGGGUAUGGAUUUCAAAGGUGUCAACUGUGUAAUUAAUUAUGAUUUUCCAGAUUCUGCAGCUGCGUACAUUCACAGGAUUGGUCGGUGCGGACGAGCAGGGAGGAGUGGAGAAGCUAUUACUUUCUACACAGAGGAAGAUAUUCCAUAUCUUAAGAAUAUAGCUAAUGUGAUGUCAACAUCAGGUUGUGAAGUUCCAUCUUGGAUCAUGGCCUUGCGCAAACAGAAGUGGAAAAAGCACCGACCCCGAAGGGAAUCGAUAUCAACACAACCGAAAGAUGAGAAAGAGUGAAGCAAUUGUCAUAUCGUCGACCGGAUUUUGCAAUUUUGAAUUGGAAGUCCUCAAAGCAACCAUUUGUCAUCGAUGAAUUAUAUUACAAAUUGAAUAGUUUGGGAUGCUGUACGGAUCGAAAUGUACAAGAUAUUUACAAAUUGACGUCGAAAUUAACAUCUAUUUCAUUCAAUUUAUGAAACAACUCAAAGCUC